AUGGAUGCCCAUAAACAUCCAGUUGUGACAGAAAAAACACACCUACAUCAGUUAAAUUACGAAGUAACUGAGGACAUAUUAAUGGAGGAAGUUGAAGACGAGAGUACUUCGGAGAGGGCGGGGAGGGGCGGCGAGGGGAGGGGCUCGGAUGCGCUGCACUCGAGCCCGCGGCGCGGCCCACGUGACUGGCGCGUUCGGGGCGCGGCCGCGUCUGCUCCAGCUGCAGUCGAGUCGCGAGUGCACAGUGUUCGGGCGCGGGCGCGGAGAGUCGUCGCAGACGUCAACAAACCGGCAGCUGUCGCGCGCGCGGCCCAGUGGAACAUGCUGCGCUCGCCGUCGCACGAGUCCGUCACCACGGACCUGUCGCUCUUCUCCGUGUCGUCGCUAGCGUCCGAAGCCGGGACGGGGCGGCGCCUCGUCACCUUCAAGUCUUACAGCGAGGCGCAGCUGGCGGCGGCGGCGGGCGGCGUCGCGGGGGCUGGGGGCGCCCCUGGAGGCAGCGCUGCCAGGGGACCCAGCCCCAACCCCGACACCAGGCACUCCAGGCCUGCUGACAUACCGGAGAUACUAUGGUUCGAGGAGGAGACGGAACUGAUUCGCAGCUGUGGCGCCCUCAGCUCUGCCCUCGGACUGCAGAAGAGCUUCAGCACGAGCGACAUCAGCCAGCUGCCGUCGCCGCAGGGCACGGCGGCCGCGCGCUGCGCCGUGUCGGAGCUGGCGCUGUGGGGCGACGCGACGCACGCGCGCCUCGAGCCCGCGUCGCGCUCCUGCUCCACGUGGGUGGCCGUCGGCGACGUCGCCUCCACGUCGCAGCUGCCCUCGCCGCACGGCGCCCCGCCGCCUCCCGUUCCCGCCUUCACUGCCGCAGAUCUCAUCCGCUCCGUCAACAAGAAGGUGCGACAGAACUACAUCCGGCGGCGACUGCUGACGACGUACAAGGCGCUGGAGCGGCUGUCGCAGAGCGAGUUCAACCUGGACCGGCUGGAGGUGACGCCGGCGACGGCGGCGGCGGCGCAGGCGGCGCAGCAGCACCUCACCGUGCCGGGCGCCAGCACCAGCGCCGCCGUGCUGCGCGUCGUCAAGCAGCGUGCCACCACCAACCUGCCGCUCACCAUCCGCGACGUGGAGCGCGAGCGCGGCAAGCCGCUCUCCAAGUACGAGCGCAACAUGAUGAUCUUCAACUGGCUGCACACGCUCGACGACUCCGCCUUCGAGGGCCUCCAGUAG